GAGACGAUUCAGUGAGGCGUUAGCUAGUUCAGCAAUAGAAAACCCUUUGGGCAAUUGGGAAAUUAGGGUAGAGCAAAAAUGGCGAGAACAUCAUCCAGCAAAGAAAAUGCUCAAGCUUUAUUCCAUUCUCUUCGCUCUGCUUAUGCUGCCACUCCAGUCAAUCUCAAGAUCAUUGAUCUGUAUGUGGGUUUCGCAGUCUUCACUGCUCUGAUCCAGGUGGUUUACAUGGCUAGUGUGGGAUCAUUUCCUUUCAACUCUUUUCUUUCUGGAGUGCUUUCUUGUGUUGGGACUGCUGUCCUUGCUGUUUGUCUUCGCAUUCAGGUGAACAAGGAAAACAAGGAAUUCAAGGAUCUACCACCUGAGAGAGCUUUUGCAGAUUUUGUUCUUUGCAACUUGGUGCUCCAUUUGGUGAUCAUGAAUUUCCUUGGAUAAAAUCAUAAUUUCCAGGUUUUGCCGGACUGCGUGUUUUCUCAGUUUCCGGCCGUGAUUCAUAAUUUUAGCAUGAAAUGAAGUUCUUAGAUCAUCAUUAUGAGCUUGAGCAUACAUCCAGAACUGUAGUAGGAAUUUGAUAUUUUAUCUUUGGCUAAAGAGUUUCAAGAUAACUUGAUGAGAAACAAAAGACAUUUGAGUAUAGAUUUGAUCGUUCUGAUUUCUUUA